AGAGGGAGAGAGAGAGAGGGAGAGAGAAAGAAACUGACUCUUAGAGAAAGAGACACACUCUUGGAGAGAGAGAGAGCGCGAGGCAGGGAGACCUUCCCCUCCUUUUUCCAAGGCUGCACUUCUUGGAAGUGAAGCUGGUUUGGGUUUUGUUUCCCUUCCCCCUCCUCCCUCCUCUUCCUCCACCCCUUUUCCCUCCCCCUGCCCCCUCUCCCCAUCCCCCAGCUGUCUUUCUAGCAUGAUACCCUUUUUCAUCCACAUUUGUGUUUCAGGUGUAGAGAGGAGAGAGUGAACAGGGAGCGGGGCUUUUGUCUGUUGGUUGGUCUCCUUGGACUGAAGAGAGGGAGGGUGCAAGGCCAAGACUGUUAAGGAUUCUCAAAAUGGUUUGUUACCCAGAGCUUUCUGUCUGGGUCAGUCAAGAACCAUUUCCAAACAAGGAAAUGGAGGGAAGGCUUCCUAAGGGAAGACUUCCUGUCCCAAAGGAAGUGAGCCGCAAGAAGGAUGGCCAGACCGAGGCUGCCUCCCUGCAUCCACUUGGCAGCAGUGAGCUCCACUCCCCGGGAAUCAGUUACCUCCUCUCUUUUUAAUCACCUCCAUUUGUAUUACACAUGGUGUAUGGGUAUUGAUGAGGUCAUGGUAUCAUAUAUGGGAUUUUUUUCUGUGUAAAUCAUCAAGUAUAAGAAGAAACUAUGGGACUCUGAGCCUUGCUUUAGAGAAUUUACAGUGGACAAAUAGGUAUCAUCAAACCAGUUUUUAAUCAUUCUGACUCAAGUGAAAACGCUCAGAAUUUCACACUGUGAAUCCACGUUUACAACCCUUACAGGUGGGCCUUCAGGCCUGGUUUGCUACGACGAUGUCUUCCACAACUCAAACCCCCUCUGCUCUCACACAACCGGUCCACUUCUGCCUUUUCACUCACACAGCUCCCGACUGCUUCUUGCAGAGGCUGAGAGUCCCCAUUUUUUUUUUUUUUUCAUUUAGAUGUAACAAGCCUAGUAGUUUAUGUUCAUCAAUUGUCUGUAUAUCUCUAUAUUUUAUCCAUGUACUCUUUCGAUGUAUAGAAGUAGUUUGAAACUCAUUGUUUCCUUGUGGUAAGUGAUCGAGAUGCUGCCACAGGACCUGAGACACUGAUGAAUGGUGCUAUUUUGGACUUUCAACAUGCUCCUUGGCAAGGUAGCUCUGAUGGAGUUAUUUUUUAUUUUCAUGUUCUAAGAAGGUGUUGGUACUCUGUUUCCCCGAAUGUUGUUCUCUAGACUGGAUUGACUUGUUCUCCUUGUGUCUUCAGUGUGGCUUUCUUCUUCAGCGUUGUAGGUUGAGUGAGUGCCACCACAGAGCGGUAGAGACCCAUGUCUCAUGGGCUGGCACUCCUGGACACGCAGUCACUGUAGCGGGAGCAAUCACAAAACUGUAAUUUCCUUACCAAAUCUCUUCCUUUCCAUAGCCUCGCCUGCCUCACUUAGAGAACAAAAAGCAAUAAUUUGACAGGCAUUUUUAGGUGUCUCUUUUGGUUCUUUUCAUUUGAAAGAAUAUUUGAGGAAGAAAGGGCAAACUUUUUUUUUUUAACAAAUGCCCUCUGAAAAAAAUCUAAAAAACUGACAUCUCAGUAGGAACAUGAAAAUUAGACCUUUCCCAAAAAUUAGGUUGGAAAAAAAUGUUUUUACAAAUUUUUUUUUUUUUUAAA